UCCCACGCCAUUGCUGGAAAAUUGCCAAAAUCGUCGUCACCAUCAGAUUAUAAAAAUUAGAUGGAUAGACCUAACCAAGAAGCCAAUAUGUAUACUAAGGAUUGGAGAAAUGGACUGCCACAAGAGUUACGCCAAAGAAUCAUCAACCAGAUAAUGGACAAGUUAAAAAAACAUAUUCCUUUUCAUGGUAAAAAUGGAUUGCAUGAACUUCUUUUCAUUGCUAAAAGGUUUGAAGAGAAGAUUUUUACUAGUGCAACAAGUUGGCCUGAUUAUCUAUUGAAAAUAUCUUUGAAGAUUCAGAGGAUGGAUACUAAAUCCCAAGGCACCACCAGGACUAACCCACCAAAUCAAGUCACCAGCAUUAAAGUUGAAGCUAAACAGUCAGAAAUGCAACGUUUAAUAGUGCCCAUGCCAUUGCCGAAAACAUCCCUAAAGCGCCACCACCAUCAGAUGGAUAACGAUAAUGGGAGACCUAAUCAAGGUACUGAAGGCAAUAGUAAUUGGAGAGAUGGACUGCAUCCAGAGACACGCCAAAUGAACAUCAACACGAUGGUUGACUCAUUAGAGAAACAUCUUCCUGAUUCUGGUCAAGAUGUAUUGCCAGAACUUCAUAUGAUUGCUCAAAGGUUUGAAAAGAAAAUUUUUAAUGCUGCAACAAGCUGGCCUGAUUAUCUACUGAAAAUAUAUUUAAAGAUGCAUUCGAUAGAGACUGGAUGCCAGUGCACCAAGGCCAACGUACCAAAUCAAGUCACCUACAUUAAAGUUGAAGCUCAGCAGUCAGACACGCAAAGUGUAAUAGUGCCCACGCCAUCCCCAAAAAUAUCCCUAAAGCGCCAUCAACAUCAGAUGGAUAACGAUAAGGGGAGACGUAAUCAAGGUACUGAAGCCAAUAGUCAUUGGAGAGAUGAACUGCACCCAGAGACACGACAAAUAUAUGUCAACAAGAUAAUGGAGAUUUUAAAAAGACAUCUUCCUCUUUUUGAUCAAGAAAGAUUCCAUGAACUUCAGAAGAUUGCUCAAAGGUUUGAAGAAAAUAUUUUUAUUGCUGCAACAAGCCAGUCUGAUUAUCUAAAAAAAAUAUCUUUGAAGAUGCUUACCAAUGAGACUAAAUCCCAGGGCAGCAUGGCCAACGCAUCAUGGUUCUAGGAGUAUCUAGUUUAGCUUAAGUUACUAAGACUGAAUUGUGUGCUUUUUUCACUCAAAUAAUACACAUGGACACAAAUUGCUUAAACAAUACUAUUC